UUGGCACGGUCCAUUCACUCUGGCCCAGAGGUCCGUGAUUCACUUUGGCAGAGUGGGGCGGUAAGGUGCUCCCGCCCAAUUAGCGUCGGCAGAAAAUGUGCCCUAAGAAUUCACAUCGCUGUGAGCACACAAAAUCUUUCUCUUGUUUUCCCGUGUAGACCCGGAGUCCAUCGUCAACAAACGUCGUUGCCAGCAUCAUCGCCAACAUGAAGCUGAACAUCUCCUACCCAGCCAACGGCUCUCAGAAGCUCAUCGACAUUGAAGAUGAGCGCAAGCUCCGCCCCUUCCUCGAGAAGCGCAUGGGCGCUGAGGUCCCUGCCGAUUCCCUUGGCGAUGAGUGGAAGGGCUAUAUCUUCCGCAUCACUGGUGGCAACGACAAGCAGGGUUUCCCAAUGAAGCAGGGUGUUAUCGCCCCUACCCGUGUCCGCCUCCUCCUCUCCGACGGCCACUCCUGCUACCGCCCCCGCCGCACUGGUGAGCGCAAGCGCAAGUCCGUCCGCGGCUGCAUCGUCGGUGCCGAUCUCUCCGUCCUCGCUGUCGCUAUCGUCAAGCAGGGUGAGCAGGAGAUCCCCGGUCUCACCGACACCGUUCACCCCAAGCGCCUUGGCCCCAAGCGUGCCACCAAGAUCCGCCGCUUCUUCGGCCUCAGCAAGGAUGACGAUGUUCGCAAGUACGUCAUUCGUCGCGAGGUCACCCCCAAGGGUGAGGGCAAGAAGACCUACACCAAGGCUCCCCGUAUCCAGCGUCUCGUCACUCCCCAGCGCCUCCAGCACAAGCGUCACCGCAUUGCGCUCAAGCGCCGCCAGGCCGAGAAGGUCAAGGAUGAGGCCAAUGAGUAUGCCGCUAUCCUUGCCAAGCGUGUCACCGAGGCCAAGGCCGCCAAGGUUGAUGCUCGCAAGCGCAGAGCUUCCUCCAUGCGCAAGUAAAGAAUGAGUGUUGUUUAAUGGGUCUCUCGGGUUGCUUUGGGAAAAUGGGUACGGCGUGCUGGCUGGCCGGCUCAUCUGCGAACGUGUAAAUGGCUUUAGAAACGGUCUUCACGAAUGUCAGCAUGAGUCUCUUUGAGAAUCAUCUCAACGGCGUUUUUGUUCCACCGGGAAGGCGUGUGGUUGAGCGACGGAAGAGAAACCAUGAAUACCCUUUUUGACUUGCUCAUAUAGACCCAUGCAGCCAAAAAUUGUGAAACUGUGAUACCCUAUGUUUUUGGUGAUUCUUGUCCCUGGUGAUGCAGCAGUCUACUA